AUGAAACCAAGUAAUACAUCGAAAUGGAUCAAAUCAUCCAUUAUUAGUAUAUUAGGUUCAGUAAUAACUAUAAUAUUGCUACUAAGGCUUAUAUUACCAUCUUCCCUAAGCCUUACUGCAUCUAUAUUCAAACCAUACGUUCCAAAUUUCAAGAAUGUUCCAGGAGUAGAGUUUUAUGAUUUAAGAAAUUAUCAAGGUAAUAAAGAUGGUUGGCAACGUGGUGACAAAAUUUUGUUCUGUGUACCUUUGAGAGAUGCGGCUGAACAUUUACCUCGUUUUUUUAAUCAUUUGAACACAAUGACAUAUCCUCAUAAUUUAAUCGAUUUAUCCUUUUUAGUUAGUGAUUCCUCUGAUGAUACAAUGGGUGUUCUAUUAUCUAAUUUACAAAAUGCUCAAUCUCAAAAGGAUAAGAGUAAAAGGUUUGGAAAUAUUGAAAUUUUUGAAAAGGAUUUUGGUCAAAUCAUCGGUCAAUCCUUUUCAGAUAGACAUGGUUUUGCAGCUCAAGGUCCAAGAAGAAAAUUAAUGGCUAGAGCAAGAAAUUGGUUAGGUUCUGUAGCAAUCAAACCAUAUCAUUCCUGGGUAUAUUGGAGAGAUGUCGAUGUAGAGACUAUCCCAGAGACCAUCAUGGAGGAUUUGAUGCAUCAUGAUAAAGAUGUCAUAGUACCAAACGUUUGGAGACCAUUGCCUGAUUGGUUAGGUAACAUUCAACCGUACGAUUUGAACUCUUGGAAAGAAAGUGAAGGUGGUGCUCAAUUGGCAGAGAGUCUAGAUGAAGAUGCAGUCAUUGUGGAAGGUUACCCAGAGUAUGCUACAUGGAGACCUCAUUUAGCAUACAUGAGAGACCCUAAUGGUGAUCCUGAGGAAGAAAUGGAAUUAGAUGGUAUUGGUGGGGUGUCUAUCUUAUCUAAGGCCAAAGUUUUCCGUACGGGGUCUCAUUUCCCUGCAUUUUCAUUCCAAAAGCAUGCAGAAACUGAAGCUUUUGGGAAAUUAUCUCGUGCAAUGAAUUAUAAUGUUGUAGGUUUACCCCAUUAUGUCAUUUGGCAUAUAUAUGAACCAUCCACUGAGGAUUUGAAGCAUAUGGCAUGGAUGGCAGAAGAAGAAAAGAGAAAAGUCGAAGAGACUAGAAUCAAAGAGUUUUAUGAUAAGAUUUGGAUAUCUGGGUUUGAUGAUGUUAGGGAUGAAUGGGAGACCGAAAAGAGUGAUAUCUUAUUAAAUAUUGAUUUAACCUCGGCAUCAGAAGGUAAAGUUGAAGUGGAUUGGUCUGAUGAUGAUGACAAGAUGAACUUUGCGCAUGCAGCUCUUGCUGAUUCUGGUCAAGGUUCAUUGAAUGACAAGACUAAAAACGAAAAAGUCAAUGAUGCCAACACUAAUAACAACGCAGGUCAAGCUCAUAAAGCUGCAGGUUUGGAAGUCGCUCCCGAUUUCGAUCCAAACCUAUAA